GUGGUGCUCUGCGACCUGGAGGUGGGCCUGGUGUGCCGCAACCAGGACCAGGGCGGCCGCUUCAAGAUGUGCCUCAACUACCAAAUCCGGGUGCUCUGCUGUGAUGACUACAGCCACUGCCCCAGCACGCCCACGCCCGGGACCACAGCCACCCUCAGCAGCACGGGCUCGGAGACAGUGGGAACCACAGGCGCCUGGACCAAGACUACCACCCUGCCACUCCCCUCAGCCCCCAGGACCACUGAGACGGUUUCCACAGCCCGCACUGAGAUGGGUCCCUCCUCUCCAAGGACCACCGAGAGGCUCUCUGUCCCCAUUCCCUCUGCCUCUCCAGCAUCCCCCAUUCCCGAGAUCACCAGUGCCCUCCAGGGCACCACUCCUGGCCCUUACACAUCCACCUCCACGGCCACGGGGCCCUCAGCCACGGCUCAGACCACGCCCAUCCUGACCUCCGGCCCCACGACCUCAGCGGCCACGGCCACUGGCUGUCAGCCUCGCUGCACCUGGACAGACUGGCUGGACCAGAGCUACCCCAUGUCCGGGGCCUCUGGUGGGGACUUUGAGACCUACGCCAACAUCCGCGCAGCUGGCGGGUUCGUCUGCGAGAGGCCGGUGAGCCUCCAGUGCCGGGCCGAGAGGCUGCCGGAUGUCCCCCUGCAGGAGCUGGACCAGGUGGUGCUCUGCGACCUGGAGGUGGGCCUGGUGUGCCGCAACCAGGACCAGGGCAGCCGCUUCAAGAUGUGCCUCAACUACCAAAUCCGGGUGCUCUGCUGUGAUGACUACAGCCACUGCCCAAGCACGGCCACUACUGGGGUCUCCAGCAGGGAAACCUUUGUGACCUCCCCCAUUAAGACCACGCCUGCAAUCCUGUCCACCCAUCCCUCCAUUGGGACCGUCCUUCCCUCUAGCACCCUGAAGCCCACCCUGACUUCCCUGACCUCCAUGACCUCCACGACUUCCCUGACCUCUGGGAUCUGCACGCCACAGUGCACGUGGACAGACUGGUUUGAUGAGGAUUACCCCACCCCAGUUCCUGAUGGCGGGGACUUUGAGACCCUCUCGGCCCUCCGCAGGGCCGGCCACGACUUCUGCCAACAGCCGCAGGACAUCGAGUGCCGAGCAGAAGUGGCGCCGGAUAUGAGCCUGGAGCACGUGGGCCAGGUGGUCCAGUGCGACGUGAGGUUCGGGCUGGUGUGCAGGAACCGGGACCAGCCGGGGCCCAUGCAGUAUUGCCACAACUACCACGUGCGCCUGCUGUGCUGUGACAGCCCGUGUGCCCCGUCUUUGUCCCCGGACACCACGACGUCCCCCUCCAUCCUCAGCACCCUCAGGCCAAGCGCCUCUCCCGGCUCACUCGUCUCCACAGUACCCUGCUUCUGCCAGGCGUUUGGACAGCUCUUCUUACCAGGGGACGUUGUCUACAACAGGACAGACAGUGCGGGCUGCCACUUCUACGCCGUCUGCAACCAGCACUGUGAGCUGGAUCGCUUCCAGGGUGCCUGCCCCACCUCCUCACCCCCGGAGCCCCCGACCUCGCUGCCCCUGACCUCCCUGGCUCCGGGCUGUGACCUUGUGGACCCUCCCCGACAGGUGAACGAGUCCUGGACGCUGGAGAACUGCACAGUGGCCCGGUGCGAGGGCGACAAUCACAUCGUCCUGCUGGAGCCAAAGCCUGUGGCACAGGUCACCUGUGUGAAUGGGCAUCUGCCAGUGAAAGUGCAGAGCGAGCAGGAGCCCUGCCAGUACCACUACGAGUGCGAAUGCACCUGCAGCAGCUGGGGGGGCUCCAACUACAUCACCUUCGACGGCACCUCCUACUCCUUCCGGGGCAACUGCACGUAUGUGCUCAUGCGGGAGAUAAGGCCGCUCCACGGAAACCUCACCAUUCUCCUCUACAAGCAGUACUGCCCGGCAGCCGUGGCCUCCACCAGCUGCCCCAUCGCCCUCAGCGUCCACUACAAGUCCACGGAGGUCAUCCUCGCCACCACGACGGCUGCUGGCGGGCAGGAGGAGGGCCUGGUCCUGUUUGACGGCACGCGGGUGAGCCAAGGCUUCAGCAAGGACGGCGUGAGCGUGUCCCUGACAACAAGCACCAGGAUGCAGGUGGACAUUCCUGCCAUCGGCGUCAGCGUCACCCUAGACGGGCAAGUCUUCCAGAUCCAGCUGUCCUACAGCAACUUCAACCACAACACCGAGGGCCAGUGCGGCACCUGCACCAAUAGCAAGACGGACGACUGCCGCCGGCCAGAUGGCACCAUGGCCCCCACCUGCCAGGACAUGGCCGGCUCCUGGCUAGUCCCCGAGAGCAGCAAGGAGGGCUGCCUGCCACCCACAGGCCUGCCCACAACCACCAGCCCCCCUUCCUCGGAGCCCACCACACCCAUUUCUACCUCGUGUCCCCCAGCACCCCUCUGCCAGCUGAUGCUAAGCCACAUCUUCGCCGAGUGCCACAAACUCAUCCCGCCCAGCCUGUUCUUCAGCAUCUGCGUCAAGGAUGCCUGCCAGGCCGGCCACCCCGAGGUGCCCUGCCAGAGCCUAGAGGCCUACGCAGGGCUUUGCCGUGCCCGGGGCGUGUGCAGCGACUGGCGGAAUGCCACCGGUGGGCUGUGUGACUUCACCUGCCCACCUGAAAAGGUGUACAAGCCAUGUGGCCCUGUGCAGCCCACGACCUGUGACUCCAGGACCCAGAGCCCGGAGAGCAAGGGGCUGGCGGAGGGCUGCUUCUGCCCGGACGGCCUCACCCUCUUCAACGCACACACGGAUGUCUGUGUGCCCGAGUGCCCCUGCGUGGGACCAGAUGGGUUUCCCAAAUUCCCUGGAGAGCGGUGGAUCAGCAACUGCCAGGCCUGCGUGUGCAACGAGGGCUCUGUGACGGUGCAGUGUGUCCCUGUGCAGUGCGAGGCCCAGGGCCCGCCCCCGGAGUGCAGCCAGGCUGGCUUCGUAACCUUGACCAGGCCCCUGGCCAACAACCCUUGCUGCCAGGAGACACUGUGCGUCUGCAACACGACCACCUGCCCCAAGAACCCCCCAGAAUGUGGGCCAGGAGAGGAGCUGGCCCAAAUCCAGGAGGAGGGCAGCUGCUGCCCCACCUUCAUCUGCCGGCCUAAGCUGUGUACCUACAAUGGCAUCAUCUAUGGGAUUGGCGCAACCUUCCCAGGGGCCAUUCCCUGCCACACAUGCACCUGCCUGUCUGCGGACACCCAGGACCCCACGGUGCAGUGUGAGGAGGACACCUGCAAUACCACCUGUCCCCAGGGUUCCGAGUACUCGACAGUGGCCGGGCAGUGCUGUGGGGAGUGUGUGCAGACGGCCUGCCUCACGCCCGACGGCUGGCUGGUGCAGCCCAACCAGACUUGGGUCAACAGCCUGGUGGACAACUGCACGGAGUACCACUGCCAGGUGGAGAAUGGGGUCCACGUGCUGAUCCCGAGACCUCCGUCCUGCCCAGACGUGUCCAGCUGCAGGGGCAUCCUCAGGAAGACCGGCUGCUGCUACUCCUGUGAGGAAGUGGACUCCUGCCAGGUCCACAUCAACAGGACAGUCCUGGGGCACCGGGGCUGCAAGGCCCCUGUCAACCUCACCUUCUGCAAGGGCUCCUGCCCAGGAGUGUCCAAGUACUCCCCGGAGGCCCAGGCCAUGCAGCGGCGGUGCACCUGCUGCCAGGAGAGCAGGGCCCAUGAGGAGGAGGUGACCCUGCAGUGUCCCGAUGGGACGGCCGUCCGCCACACCUACACCCACAUAGAUGAGUGCAAAUGUGCCCUGGCCUGCGUCCCCGCACCAGCCACUCAGGAGGACAGCAUCCCCGUCUGA